ACAGCUGGACUAUCGGUACGAUGACAUCAUGUGCACAGGAGCCUGUUCUAAGUUCAUCGCCAUCCCGCUCUACGUGAUGGCUGCGGUGUCCAUCAUCUGCAACAUCAUGCUCUUCUUCCCGGGCUUUGAUACGACGUAUGCAGCCGAGGACCGGGAGGGAGAGCAGCGCCUCACCCAGGAGGUCAAAUACAUGGCGGGCCUGAUAGGAGGAGGAAUCCUGGUCCUCAUUCCUGCCAUCCACAUCCACCUGACCAGUGCUAAUGGCUGCUGUGCCAACCGCUGUGGGAUGUUCCUGUCCAUUGGCUUUGCAGCGCUGGGUGUGGUGGGGGCCGUGUACAGUCUGAGUGUUGCUGCCCUGGGCCUCGCUAAUGGGCCGACAUGCCUCUGGAGCAACGAAUUCAACACCAGUCCAGAAUGGGGGACGCCCUUCAACAGCAGUGGCGGGAGCUACCUGACCGACAAGGAGCAGUGGAGCUGGUGUCUAAUUCCGGAGAAUGUGGUUGAAUUCAACGUGGGCCUGUUCUCCACUCUACUGGUGGCGGCGUGCGUGGAGCUCGCCCUCUGUCUCAUCCAGAUGGUAAACGGACUAUUUGGAUGCAUCUGUGGCACCUGCGGCAAAGAGGUGAGAGCAGAGAACGCUAAAGGUGAGCUCAACUACAACACACCAUGA